AUGGAUUGGUCGAUACUCGGUGACCAAUCAGAAUUAGAAAUUAUGGAUGGCGAAGAAGGCACACCAACAUUUCUUACACAACGUCGAUCGAAGAAGAAUCGUCAAACUAAAACACAACUAGUAUUUGAUGAACAAGCUCGAAAAGAAUAUUUAAAAGGUUUUCAAAAACGUAAACAGGAACGUCGUGAACGCGCACAGAAGGAUCUGGAGGAUGAAAUUAAGACGGAUUUAAAAAAUCUACGACAAAAGCGUCGUGAUGAGAUGAAAAAACGACAUGAAGCAUUAGGUUUACUCGAUACAGUUGAAAACAACACAAAAAAACGAACUAUCGAGUUGAAAAAUCAUACGAUUGAAAUAGCAGAGAUCAGCGAUGAAUUAGUUUCAAACAAUGGUCUAUCCAUGGGUUAUAAUCAAGCGAAUGACGAUGAUGUCAACGAAGAAGGUGAAGAACAUCAUGAGUCUUCGUCGCUGAAGAAACCGAAGAGUAAAACACCAUUAUCAAAGAAGAUGUCUUUAUUACAAAACAUGAAAGCACCAAGUUCGAUGAAAAAAGGUCAUCAUCCCAAGACCAAACAAAGACGUUCACAUGUAAAACUAGGUAAAAAUGGUGGAAUUCAAACAGCAUCAAAGAAGAAACGAAUCCGACGAUGA